AUGCCGGGGGCCGGGCUGGCCGAGCCGGCCGCUCUGCGCUGGCUGGGCGUCGCGGUCGCCGCGCUCGUGCUCCUGGCCGCACUUCUCGGCAACAUGCUCGUGCUAGCCGUAGUGUGCCGGUUCCGGCGCAUGCGGUCGCCGACCAAUGUGCUGCUUGCGAGUCUCGCCACAGCCGACAUUGCCGUCGCGUUGCUCGUUAUGCCGCCUCGACUCGCCUACGACCUGGUGCGCGCCUGGCGUCUGGGCCUGCUUGCGUGCCGCCUGUGGAUCUCGUGCGACGUCAUGUGCUGCACGGCCUCCAUCCUGCACCUUCUCGCCGUGGCGCUGGACCGGUUCUGGGCCAUCACACGGCCGCUGCGCUACCGGGUGUCCCGGAGGCGCUUGGCGCUCGCCGUGGCCGCCAUCUGGCUCUGCUCGGCGGCCAUCUCGUUCGUGCCCGUACUGCUGGGCUGGCACGCUGACGGCAGCGCACCCGACGCCUCCGACUGCGGCCUGCGCGUCAACGCCGUCUACGCGCUCGUGUCGUCGCUCACCUCCUUCUACCUGCCGCUACCGGUGAUGCUGUACGUGUACUUGCGCAUCCUGCUGGUGGCCGGACGCCAGGCCCGUCAGAUCCGGCUCCUGGAGCGCUCUUUGGCUGGACCUUCCCCGGGCCUGCGGCGGAGCCUGCGCCGCCGCUCCAAGCAGCUUCUCCACGACACCAAGGCGGUCCGGUCGCUGGGGAUCGUGCUGGGCGUGUUCUGCGCCUGCUGGCUGCCAUUCUUCCUCAUGUACCUCAUCACGGCCUGCUGCCCGGCCUGCGACCUCGGCUACGAGUGGAGCUGCGCCAUCACGUGGCUCGGCUACUCCAACUCUGCCUUCAACCCUUGCAUAUACGCCUUUCUGAACCGUGAUUUCCGGGCAGCCUUCCAGGAGCUUUUGGGAUGCGGCUCUCGUCGGCGUACCGCAGACGCCAUGAUGGGGCCCGCGCGGCGACGCUCGCUUGUGAAGCCACCACCGUCGUGCGCGCACGCCGUCGCAGCGGCCGUUUCCAGCACGGCACGCGUCUCGUCCAUGGACUGCGUGAAGGACUCUGCUGAGGCCGAGCGCCGCUAGGGCCCGUCCAACAGCUGCAGCGCGCCCGACUCAGCCGUCUAGCACCGUUCUGCGCGAACUGUAGCGUGCGUUCGCGUUCAUCUGGCUGCCGCAACCAGUCGGUCGUUGUCGUGGAGAAUCAGCCCGAAGAAGGAUAUGUGAACAAGCGGCAAGUUGUCUAUCAGCGUCGUUGAUGUCAUCCAAGCGCUUGAAGAGAGAUACAUCUCUAGAGGAGGCAGACGACGAGGCAGCUGCCACUCCGUGGAUCUGCGCGGGCGGUGUGUGGUAUGUGCCAAAAAAGAAAACGUCACCCCUCCGGUGCAUUGAUGCGGAAACGAUAUGGCACCCAUAUUACGCAUUUAGGGCUGGGGAAGGGACUUAUCGUCUACGUCAUUGUAGUAUGUGUCUAUGGCGUGAAGCAUUCUACUUCAUCCCCCGUCAUUGCAUGCCCUUCAACGUUGUGGCGUGGUCCUUGUCUUAUUCGCAUCGUUCCACUAGUUGUACAGAUGUUUCGAACGUUUCUUCAUCGAAAAUGUUCGUGGGGCAUGAAGUCGAAGACGUCGACAGGUGACGAGUAGUGUGUUCAAACUAAAUAUGGCCGUGAAUGCAAUCGUGCCGAAACCAGACGAGCUGGAAUCGGCCUUGAAAUUUCGCUCGGAAACCAGGGUCCUUACGAGAGGGUCCGACAGAAAUGCGACCGCAAGAAAUACGUGAGUUGGCUCAAACAAAAUUCCUAGACCUUCGUCACUCGUCGGUUCCAGCACUCCGGGACACUGGAAAACAAAUGUACUUGCUGUGAAAACUGCCCUUCAGAGUGCAAUAUUGCGUGAUGAAGAACUGAUGAACUGUUUGGACGUGUACGAAGCAGCAGGCACUGCUUUGUGCACGUCCAAACACCGCGCUCUCCGGUCCAGCUCGCCGUGCCCUCAUACGCGGAGGGAAUCGUGGAACGGAAACCUUGCUCUAUCUUCUGUUUAAUGAACGUGUAUUGGCGUAGUUAAUAAAAGGGACACUCCCAGAA